AUGGAUAAAGUUGUUCUUUUCCUGUCGCUGGCGGCGACGCUGUCCGCCGUGCGUUCUCAGCCCGUCCCGGACAGCCAGCGAGUGUUCGCCAUCGCCGUGAGUCGAGUGCAGCACCUCCACCUGCUGGCCCAGAGACUCUUUUCGGAUUUUGAGGCUUCUCUGCAGAUGGAGGAUCAGCGUCAGCUCAACAAAAUCUUCCUUCAAGAUUUCUGCAAUUCCGAUUACAUCGUCAGUCCCCUGGACAAGCACGAAACGCAACGGAGCUCGGUUGUAAAGCUGUUGUCGAUUUCGUACCGGUUGGUGGAAUCCUGGGAAUUCCCCAGCCGUUCUCUCUCUGGGAGCGGAGCCCCUCGAAAUCAGGUUUCCUCCAAACUGGCCGAACUCAAGAUGGGAAUUCUACUGCUGAUCAGGGCCAAUCAGGACGAAGCAGAUAUGUCGAUCGAUAGCUCUGCCCUCCAACUGGCGCCGUACGGGAACUACUAUCAAAGCGCCACGGACGAAGAGUCCUUGAGACGAAUGUACGAACUGCUGGCGUGCUUCAAGAAGGACAUGCACAAGGUGGAGACUUACUUGACGGUCGCCAAGUGUCGGCUAUCGCCCGAGGCCAACUGCACCCUGUAG